AUGACAAACCCAGAUAAGAUAUGGAAGGCCACACUGGAGGAGCCCAGCGGCCAGGCCAGUGCCGGGCCAGCCAGUGGAGACAUCGGAGGCGAGGACCAAUGCCCGACUGGGAAGAGGGGUGGUGCAGAUGAGCGCAAGGGCAUCUGGGGGAGGAGUGCAUACGGCAGUAGCACUCCCUGGUGCAAGGAAUCGGGCUUGGCUAGACCGCUUGCGGGGAUUCGAGGGAGAUGGCCGGGGGAAGAAGGGAGAGGGCGGAUGUCGGCAUGGAUGGAGAUGAUGAUCGGAGGAGGAGGAGGAGGCUGGGUGAUCAACAGGAUCAGAAUCCCACACACAAAUACUGCGCGAGCCAGAGCCGCAGCUCACUCCCCUCGACCUCCGACUAGUCCCGUGUCUCUCCCCGUACGGCUGCGCGCUCAUACGCUCCGCUCUAACCGCGCCCUCCGCCCUUCUGAACCUCGAAAUCUCCGUCUAGAGUUCAGGGCUAUCUCCCAGAAUCCUCUCAAUCUCUCAGACACAGCGCAUCACACCGAUUCAUCCUCAGAGGACUUAUUGGUUCCUGUUCCUCACGAACUCCCUCAUCACUACAACUCGGAUUCACCACAUUCUAACCUGCCCACCAUCGACUCCCUUACCGAUUCCUCGCCCUCGUCGCAGUCCUCAUCACCGUCUUUUAUUCUGCGUCCCGUGUCACCCUCUCCGUCACCUCCACCGCCUCCACCACCUCCGAACCAGAACAUGGCAGCUGUUGUGCCCAUGCCCGCCCGUGGUGCCCGAGGAGCACCUGAAUUCGACCCAUCAAAGCCCCGUGAGCUUCCUCGAUUUUUCACGGACCUGGAAUACCAUUUUGGGCUGGCCAGCAUUGCGGAUGCUCAAGAACGGAAGCGCCACGCUCUACGGUUCCUCCCUUUUGACGAAGCUGAACUUUUAGAGUCUCUAGACUCGUUUUCGGUGCCCCACAACUACGACGCAUGGAAAGCAGAAGUCUUGAAGCUUUAUCCUGGCACGGAUUCUGACCGCAAAUAUGCUACCUCAGACCUCCACGCGCUCAUUGGCAAAUACGCCAGCUCUGGGAUUAACUCACGCGCUGAAUAUAGCAAAUUCUACCGCCUUUUCCUGGUCAUUUCGAAAUACCUCUUACUAAAGCAACGGCUGUCUCUGGUUGAGCAGUCCCGUGCGUUUCGAACCGCAAUCGCCCCUGCCUCCCUUUGGAACCGUGUGCACCAGCGGCUACAAAUCAAGAAGCCUGAUGUUCAUCCUGAAGACCCAUAUGAACUCAGUGAUAUGAACGAAGCCGUGGAAUUUGUUUUGGCUGAUUCCACGGGCUCAUUUUCGUUUCAGACCACGGCGCCUCCAGCUGCCUCGUCCCCGGUCACUGUCAAGUCCGAAGCUGACCCAAAUUUGGCUAUUCUCGGCGAAAUCCUCAAGCUCCUUGUGGCGCAGAACGCUGCACGCCUAGGCCCUGCGCCCGCCGUUUCAUCGACCACGCUGUUACCCUCAUACCCUGCGCCUCCACGGGACGCCGCGCUCCUUGGGCACGUGACCAUGCACCCUCCUCCUCCUCCUCCGAUCAUCAUCUCCAUCCAUGCCGACAUCCGCCCUCUUCCUCCUUCCCCCGGCCGUCUCCCUCGAAUCCCCGCAAGCGGUCUAGCCAAGCCCGAUUCCUUGCACCAGGGAGUGCUACUGCCGCUCGUACCAGAUGCCCUUGCGCUCAUCUGCACCACCCCUCUUCCCAGUCGGGCAUUGGUCCUCGCCUCCGAUGUCUCCACUGGCUGGCCCGGCACUGGCCUGGCCACUGGGCUCCUCCAGUGUGGCCUUCCACUGUUGGUGUCUCAGGAGCUGGCCAUCACUGGCCCCUCUGAGCCACUCACUAUCUUAUCUGGGUUUGUCAUUAUCUACUUGUCAUCUGCCAUUGUUCCAUGGCAGUGA